AUGCCUACCAAGUCCUCCUACCCGGACAUCGAUGUCCCCAACGUCGAUGUCUGGUCGUUCAUGUUCGAGCGCAAAGACCGGCCGUUCCCAGACGACAAAGUUAUGCUCGUCGAUUCUGAUACAAAGAGAUCUUACACAUUCGCGCAGCUCCGGGACACCGCACUCACCUUUGCUCACGGCAUCAAGGCGACCUGGAACUGGAAGAAAGGCGAUGUGUUGGCCAUUUUCUCCCCAAAUUCCAUUGAUACUCCGUCGGUCAUGUACGGAGUAGCAUGGGCCGGUGGUGUGAUUUCUCCUGCGAAUCCUACAUACACCGUUGAAGAGCUGGCCUUUCAGUUGAGUAACAGCGAGGCCAAGGCCAUCGUCACACAGGUCCCCAUGCUCCCCGUAGCCCGCGCGGCUGCGAAAAAGGUCGGAAUACCUGAGGACCGCAUCAUACUUCUGGGAGACCAGCGCGACCCGAAUGCCCAAUUCAAGCAUUUUACCUCCGUGCGAAACUUGGCGGGAACAUCGAGAUACCGCAAAACCAGAGUGAACCCAGAGAAGGACGUCGCGUAUCUUGUGUAUUCCUCAGGAACAACUGGCUUGCCGAAAGGUGUCAUGUUGUCUCAUAGAAACAUUGUUGCGAACGUUUUACAGGGCAAGGCUGGUGAUGGAGAUAAAUUAACGUGGAAUGGAGGUCCAGAUGGCCAGGGUGAUAAGAUCUUGGCCUUUUUGCCGUUCUUUCACAUAUAUGGCCUGACUUGUAUAAUCCACUCGGGCGUGUAUACCGGAUACACGAUUGUCGUUAUGCCAAGAUUCGACAUUGAAAAGUUCUGUGCCAAUGUGCAAAACUUCAAAAUCACAUAUGCCUUUGUCGUCCCACCUGUUGUUCUUCUACUCGGAAAACACCCUAUCGUAGAUAAAUACGAUAUGUCGACCCUGCGGAUGUUAAACUCGGGAGCCGCACCACUCACCCGAGAACUAGUUGAGACUACUUCAUCACGAAUCAAGGUUGGCAUCAAGCAAGGCUAUGGAUUGAGUGAAACAAGCCCUACAACACACAUGCAGCCUUGGGAGGAUUGGAACAAAACAAUUGGCUCGGUGGGCAAGUUACUCGGUAGUUUGGAAGCCAAAUACAUGACCUCCCCAGAGGACGACUCGGAACCCGUAGAGGUGCCGGUUGGACAAGUCGGUGAACUAUAUGUGCGUGGUCCAAAUAUUUUCCUGGGAUAUCACAAAAACAAGAAGGCGACCGACGGUUGCCUGUCUGCAGAUGGCUGGUUCCGCACUGGAGAUGUCGGGUACCAGGACAAGGAUUUCCACUUCUAUAUCACCGAUCGAGUUAAGGAACUCAUCAAAUACAAGGGAUUUCAAGUUCCCCCGGCUGAGUUGGAGGGCCUUCUUGUCGAUAAUGAGUCGGUUGAUGAUGUGGCUGUCAUUGGUGUAUAUAGCCAAGAGCAUGGUUCCGAGGUGCCAAGGGCGUAUGUUGUUCGCAGCGCCAAGAGCAAAUCUUCCGGCGUCAGUGAUGACGAUGAGGCUGCCAAAAUCAUCAAGUGGAUGCAUUCCAAGGUUGCUCAGCACAAACGGCUGCGUGGUGGUGUUCGAUUUGUGGACGCCAUUCCCAAGAGUAUUAGCGGGAAAAUCCUUCGACGGGUACUCAAAGAUCAGGCCAAGAAGGAACAGGAAACUCCCAAGGCCAAGUUGUAA